GCCUACUCACGUGUUUUGCGCAGAACUCUCUCUUCCUCUGCGCACAGCCAUUUUCUCUCACUCCUCUGAAAACCCUUCCCUCUCUGUUUCUUCAAUUUAUUCCCUUCUUUGGUUCUCAAUCGUCGGGGUCUUCCAUCGAUCUCCAAUCCCAGUGAAAUCCAGAUCCAAUUUCACCAUCAUCUCUUCCUUCUCCACCUUUUAAUGGGUCCCACUAUCUUAAGUCUUUGACGCCUACUUAUCGACGUUGGAGGCGGUGAUCAUUUUUGCAGUCGGGUUUUAUAGCACUACUCUAAAUAGAAAAGUUUUGAAAGGACCCAGUUAAACCUAACCCUAUCCGGAAUACAUCACCGCUGCUAAUGACCUUCACCUUCUCCGGCUACCAUCCAUCACCGGUUCUUCAUCUUCCUUCUACUCUGUUGAGUCGAUCUCUCAUUCUGUUAUUUCUUCGUAUCUUCUUCAUUCCCUUUCUCUUUGUUAGAAAUGUUGUUACUGUGCAGUAAAAUAGUCCAAAUCGCAAACCGGUCCGAGACAUUCGGAUCCGAUCAGAUCUGCUCCUGUUGUGUUGAAUUGUUUCCAGUUUUUUUAUAGACCCGAUCCAAUCCAAACCGGGUGUACGGUGUACCCUAACCAUAACUAAGCCCAAACAAGCCGCCCAAGUUGAAAGUCCAAAUAUCAUCACUGAUCUCAACAUUGAUUGAUGAAUUUGUACGUACCUGUGGAUACAGUUGGCUAAACAAUCGCCGAUCAACAACUAGCAAAACUCAGGUACAGGGUCCUUAUCAAUAAUAGUCAUCAAUGACCAUACCUCAAGCUAGAAAACUGGGGCUUCCAUUGAUGAAUCUUGUUAGAUUGAAAGGAAUACCCAUUUUACAGCAACUACACUUGGAGGAGCAGCUACUUCGGACCUCUGCAGAUAAUUGGUGCAUCAUAAAUGAUGGAACAAAUGCUCCAACCAUUGUCAUGGGGAUGUCCGGGAAACCUCCUGAACUUCUUGAACUUGGGCCUAUAUUACGAGAUCAAGUUCCUGUUAUCAGAAGGUUCACCGGGGGAGGCACUGUCAUUGUUGAUCAUGGGACCAUAUUUGUCACUCUUAUAUGCAAUAAGGAUGAUGUUCCAGAUGUGCAACCAUAUCCCCGCCCCAUUAUGGCUUGGAGCGGCUUGUUGUAUAAUGAAGUGUUCCAAGGAAUUGGUGACUUCAAACUUCGUGAGAAUGAUUAUGUGUUUGGUCAACGGAAAUUUGGUGGGAAUGCUCAAUCUAUAACCAAAAAUCGAUGGAUUCACCACACUUCUUUCUUAUGGGAUUAUGAAGCCAGGAAUAUGGCCUACCUGAAGCUACCCACACGGGCUCCUGAGUACCGAUUGGCUAGGAGCCACAUGGAAUUUGUAUGUCGAAUGAAAGAGUACAUGCCCAGACAAGUUUUUAUUGAUAGAACAGUAAAAGCAAUGGAAAACCAUUUUUCUGUGAGACCUAUAAACUUGGACAUUGAUGGUUCAGCUCAUGAUACAAAAUUUGUUCACUCCACCAAGCUUCUCUCUGAGCAAGAACUUGAGGAAGUUGGUGCUUCGCUGCAAGAGAAAUCUCUCAGCUACAAUAGUUAAAUUCAUGUUGCAGAAGAAAAUUUAUUAUUUGAGUGCACCCUACUAGCCUUUUCUUGGCAAAUUUCGAUUCAUGACACACAUUUCCAAUACUUGCAGGUGAAUAAGAUUCUUAAUCUUUAGUUA